AUGGUCGAUGGUGUGCCACAUCCGCCGACGGACUUUUUCGCGCCAACGGUCGGAGGCGCCAUUCUCAGAGGUCACCCUCUGACGAGCCUUUCAAAUGUUUCGUUUUGAGUUUGAUAUCGCCAGAAAAAAACUUGAAACCGCGAAAAAUCUUUUUUUCUACACAAAAAUUGAAAUAUCCUACUUUGAGUAUUUUUUUCAUAAAUCAAAAAAAAAGAACAAUUUUUCCUGAAUUUCAUCAAAAUAACUGUUCUACUCGACCUAAUUACGUUUCAGAAUUCAAAAAUUUUGGCGCGAGGUUUCGAAUUUUGGCGCGAGGUUUCGAAUUUUGUCUCUUGCGUCUUUUGGAAUGUUCUGAAACAUUCAUUGUUCCGUUUCCAUUCGGCUCAGCUAUGAUUCAGAGCGAUGGCAACAAUAAAAAAAAUCACCGGAAUAAUGAACUGGGAGAUAGAGAAAACUCGAAAAGAUAGAUAACUCCGAAGUUCAAACUUCUAGCUUGAAUUUUCCCAGCGAACGACGAGAAAAAGUUCCAGAUUGAUCGAAUUGAAAAAAAGCAUAGAAAAGCUUUGAAAGGAAAUGCAAAAAUUUUUCCAAUAGGCAGCAAAAAUCGACAAUGAAGAAACUUCGAAGACUCAAAAAUUUUCGAGAAGAAAGAUUCGAAAAAAAUGAAUGGGCAAAAUGAAAAAUUGUCUUUUUUUGAGUUCCGAAAUCAUUUAGAACUUUUUUCUGUUUUUUUGAAGUUUAAUACAAAGAAGAGCACAAAAAACGGAAUUCUUCAAAGUUUCAGAGAAGAAAUUUUUGAUUUUGGACUAUUCUGUUCAGAGAAAAAUGUGAAGCAGAAAAUAUUCGAAACUGUGAAACAAACAAAGGAGAAGAACUACUACGUACGAAUUGCGAAACGGUCGAAAAACAGGGAAAAAGAUGGAAGACGACCAUCCUUUCACACAGAAACGUGACCAGUCCCGGGCAGACCGGAGAGCCCAAUUCGAGCAGCCGUUCCCCACCGAGACAGCCAAAAUAAUGAAUGAAAUGGAGACACGCCCAUUCUGA